AUGAGUAACGAUAAUGUCAAAGUAAAACAUGUUGUUACUUUAUUUGAAGAAGUUCAAAAUCGUUAUGUUAAUAAAUUAUUAAGUAUCAAUGAAAAACAUCUAACAAGUGAUGAGCGAUAUAAACACAAAAUUGUUAUCUAUGAAAGUUAUAUCAAAGAUUUAUCACUUCAAACACGUUUACUUUUACAAAGUCUUGAAGAACUCGAAAAAGAAGCUAAUCAACGUGUAGGAUUACUUGAAAAUAAACUCAAAAAAGCACAUGCAUCCUUACAACAUUCUCUUCCAACAAACGAUAUAUCUAAACCUAUUGAUAAUUUUGAAACAGAAAAAUGGAAAAUAAUACAUGAAAAUCUUGAUCUUAAACAUGAUAUGGAUUGUUUAGUAUCAUUUAUUAAUAUUGCUAAACGUACAGGUAAAUGGAAUACAAAACAACUUCAAUUAAAAACACUUCCACUUGAUAAUAUUAUUGGUACAACGAAUGAUAAAAUAAAUCAUCAUUCAAGUUCAUUACAUAAAGAAAUUCAAUAUCGCGAUGAACAUAUGCAAGUUUUACAAGCUGAAAUUCAAUAUCUUAGAAAAACACAAGCAGAAUUAUCAAAACCUAUUUCAGCUAUGAAUGAAAAUGAAUUCAAAGAAAAGAAUCUUGUUCUUUCAAAAAAAACUGAUGAUCUUCGAUCUAAAUUAGCUGAAGAAUGUCAAAAAACUGAAACGUUGAAAAUGGAUAUACGCAUAAAAACUACUGAAUUAAAAGAUCUUCAAGAAGAUUUAAAUAAAAAGAAACAACAAUAUGAAGAACAUAUUCAUGAUUUAUCAACAAAAUUAAAAACAAUAUCAGAUCGUCAUCGAGAAUCAGCAACAAUUAUUAAUAAUGAUAAUAAAAUAAAAAAACAAGAAAUUGAACAAUUAACAAAACAAGUAGAACAAAUUGUUAAUGAACGAAGUGAAUUACAUAGACAGUGUUGUGUAAAAGAUACAAUAAUAGCUGAUCUUCAAGUAAAAAUUCAUAAUGUAGAACAACAGUUUAUAAUCAAUAAUCAUCCAGUUACUCCUAUUGAAUUAACUGUAUCAAAAAAUGAAUAUGAAAAACUCAAUCAAGAAUUACAUAUAACACGAAAACAAUUAGAUGAAACUAUGAUUGAAAUUAAAACAACAGAUACAUUAAAUAAUAAACUUGAACAAGAUCUUCGUCUUUUUAAAAAAUUUCAUGAUGAACAAUUUGAACAACAGAUUAAAACAAAUGCAUCGAAUAUUGAUCAAUUACAAAAUCAAAUUCAAACAUUGAAACAUAAUUAUCAAGAAAAAUUAGAUGAAGUUGACAAAAAAUCGUUCGAAUUACGUACAUGUCAAGAACGUUUAUCUAUUGAAUAUAAUAAAAAUGAACAGGAACAACAACAAUUACGUAAUCUUCUCGAAAAUUCUACUGAAAAAUUAGAAAAAUCUUAUAUAGAUAUAAAACAAAAUACAUUAAAAAUUGAUCAAUUUGAAAAAACUAUAAAUGAAUUAAAUUCUCGUAAUAAUCUUCUUGAAAGAAAAUUAAUUGAAACAAUGAGUUUAAUUGAUCAACGAAAUAAAAUAUUAAUCAAUAAUGAAGAAAAAUUAGAGAAAAUUCAAAAUGAUUUAUUAGAAAAACACAAAGAAAUUAUGGAUGGACAAUCUCAAAUUGAACAAUUAAAACAAAAUCUUAUUAAUAAAACAGCUGAAGUUACACAAUUAACUGAAAAAUUGGAAACAGAUCUUGUUAAACAUCAAGAAAAGGAUAAAUUAGCUGAAGAUAAUGCAACAAAAUCAUCAACUGAUAUUAAAAUUUUACAACGAGAACUUCGACAUUUAUCUGAAUCUUUAGUUGAAUAUGAACGUAGAAAUACAAUAUUAAAUGAACAAGUUCAACAAUUAACAAAUGAACUUCGAUUAAAACAAGAAGAAUUUCAACAAAUAGAAAAAUCAUUAAAUCAAAAAUUAUUAAUAAAACAAGAUCAACUUGUACAGUAUGAUAAAAAUCUUCAUGAAAUCGAUAUACAAUGUAAAUAUGCUAAAGAAGAAUGUUUAAUACAAGAAAAAGAAAUCACACGUCUUAAUAUUGUUCAAGAAGAACAAGAAAAUAAAAUAAAAAUUUUACAAGAAGAUUUAUUAAAAUGUCAAGAACAGAGAGAUACAAUUACUAAUCAAUACGAACGAUGUGAAAGUGAUUAUCAAAAUCUAAAAUGUCAUCGUGAAGAUGAAAAUCGACAAUAUAAUCAAGAAUUUGAAAAAUUAAAUAAUGAACUUACUGCAUUAAAGAUUAUUGAAAUUACUUUAUUAAAAAAUAUCGAUGAAUUAAAAGAAAAUCUUUUAAUUGUUUCAAAUGAUCGUGAUGAUAUUCGAAAACAAUAUAGUAAUUAUCAAUAUGAUUUAGAAAAUAUACAAAAGAUCUUAGCUGAUGAAACGGAAUUAAAUUUAAAAUCUGAAACAAAAGUUAUUUUAUUAACUCGACAAUUUGAUGAAGAACAAAAACGUUCGAAUGAAUUUAAAUAUCAAUUCAAUGAUAUACAAAUGCAAUUAACAAGUGCUCGAUUAUCAAAUGAUACACUCAAAACUGAGCUUAAUCAAGCUCGUUUACUUAAUCAAGAAUAUACCAUUAAAGAAAAAGAUUUUAAACAAAAUAUCAAUCGAAUAAAUUCUUCAUUAGAUGAACAAAAUAAAUCAUUGGAUGAGCGUCAACGUGAAAUUGAAACAUUAAAUCAUCUUAUGUCACAUCUUCAAGAAGAUUAUGAAAAAUCUAAGAAUAAUUUAUCUAUUGCACAAGAUCGGAUUGUUUAUUUAGAAAUAGAAAAUGAAACAAUAAAGCAACGUUGUAUUGAAAAAACAAAUGAAUUAACUUUUAUGACAAAUCAGCUACAACAAAGUCAACAAGAUUUUUAUACAUACGAAAAAGAACAUCGAUAUUCUAAUGAAGAAUAUUUUGAAUAUGAACAACAAAGAAAAAAUUUUGAUAAUGAAUUAACAACUGUUGUUCAGAAUUAUGAAAAACUUCAAAAAGAAAAUGAAGUAUUAAAUGAACUUUUAAAUAAAUGUCGAUGUGAAUUAGAACAAAACGAAAAAUCAAAUAUUGUUCAUAAAGAACGACUAAUGCAAUCGACGGAUGAAGUAAAAAUUUAUAAACAAAAAUUAGCUUUACUUGGAGAUUGUUUUAAAACAAUUGUUCGCAAAGCUUCAGAAUCAAGUGAGCAAUGGGCAGAUAUUACUACACAUCUGGACGAAUAUUUACUUGAUUUAAAUGAUGAUGUUGAUAAACUUUAUUUAUUUGAUGAACGUUUUGAACAAUCGAUAAAAAUAUCUACUCAAUUACGAGGACAAUAUGAAGAUUUAGUAGAACAGUUUUUAUCACUUAAAACAAAUGUUGAACGGUUACAUUUUCAUAUACAUAAAUAUAAACAAAAAUGGUUACAAAUGAGUGAUGAAAAUCGUCAUUUACGUAUAGAAACUAAACAUUUACGUGAUAAAAUCGAAAAUUUUCAUCGAAUACAUACAAAAAAUGAUGAACAAGAAAUUAUUUUAGGACAAUUACGUAAAGAAUUAAACUAUGAAUCACAACUUCGCUUAGAAACUCAACGAACUAUUGAACAACUAAAACAUACAUUAGAUGAAACAAUAUUUGAACGUAAUCAAUUAAUAAAAAAUGUUACAAUAGCUCAUGAAAAAAUUGAGAAAUUUGAACAUGGUAUUUCUGAGUAUACAAAUGAAAAUCGUUUAUUACAAGAAACAAUUCAAAAACUCGAAAAACAACUACAUAUACAAAAUGAAUCAUUAGAACAAAAUGAACAAUAUUAUCAAGAAAAAAUUAAUGAAUGUGAAUCAUUAUUAAUCUCAUUGACAGAAACGAAUAAUAAUUCAUUACAAUCAUUAGAACAUAAAAGUAGUGAAUUGAAUACAGCACGAACAGAAAUACAAACAUUAAAAUAUGAACAAACAUCAACAGUUUCAAAGUUGGAAAAAUUUGAAGAAACUAAUCAAGAAUUUAAACAACAUAUAUCUAUAUUGGAACGAUCGAUUGAAGAACAUAAACAAUUACUAAGAACACGUGAAAAAGAACUUGAACAAAUCAAAGAUGAAUUUGAACAUAAGAUGUUAGAUUCUACACCACUGAAUCCUAAUUGUGCGAAACAAGAUACAGAAAUAAGUGUUCUUCGUAUGGAAAAUGCAUCAUUAAAUGAAGAAUUACGAUUAAUACGAGAAAAUCUUACUGAUUAUCAUGAAGAACAAAGACGUGCAAGAAACGAUUUCAAUGCAACAUUAAAUUUAAUACAAGAUAGUAAUUCAGAUAUUUGUUUGAACAGUGACAAUAAUAAUAAUUCAAAUGAAAUAUUACAAACAUGUAUUGUGCAACAUGUCAUAGAUGAUACAGAAAAUUUAAAAUUAAAUGAUUCAUUAUGGUUUCCACUUGUUCAAGAUGGUUUUACAUAUGAAUUUAAUGAUCCUUCGAAUAAUCAAAAAAAAUAUAAAUUAAUGAAAGCAUAUUCAAAACAACAACAAGUAUUACUCAAUCAACUUCAAGCUCAUGUGAAAUUUUAUGAAUCUAUUUUCGAGCAACGUUAUUUACCAGCUAUACAAUAUUCAACAACAUCUGAUAUUAUCGAUAAUAAUUCUCAAUGUAAUAAGGACUCAUUAUAA